AUGGAGGCUCCCAUAUACUACUCGAAAGCUGAGUUCAUAGAAACUGACACCGGCAACAAAGUGUCUCGUCGCGCCACCAUCGCAGGUCCCCAGAACAUCAUCCUCGGUGGGAAGACCAUCAUCUCCACGGGUGCAAUCAUUCGCGGCGACCUCAGGCGCACGGGGCCUGGCCAUGCCGUCGUCAUCUCUCUCGGCCGCUACUGCCUCGUAGGCGAAGGUUGCGUGAUGAGACCGCCGUACAAGACGUAUAAGAACACGUUCAACUACUACCCGAUGAAGAUCGGGGACCAUGUGCAUAUCGGCGCGGGGAGCGUCGUGGAGGCGGCGACGAUUGGCAGUCAUGUUGAGAUCGGGAAGAACUGCGUUAUUGGGAAGUUCACUAUCAUCAAGGAUUGUGCUAAGAUCGCAGACAAUACGAUAAUACCGCCGAACACAGUCGUGCCGGCGUUGUCUCUCUUUGCUGGUUCGCCAGGAUGCUUCGUGGAGGACCUUUCGGAAUCAACGCAGGAGAUGAUGGAGGCUCAGACAAAGCAAUAUUACACGCGAUUCCAACCAAUGGAUCGCUGA